GAGCGCGCCCGAACAAGGCAGACCCGGCCCGCGGCCCCCAUGGAGGGUGCGAUGCAGCUCCUGAGCCGAGAAGGCCACAGCGUGGCCCACAACUCCAAGCGACACUACCACGAUGCCUUUGUGGCCAUGAGCCGCAUGCGGCAGCGUGGCCUCCUGUGCGACAUCGUCCUGCACGUGGCCGCCAAGGAGAUCCGAGCACACAAGGUGGUGCUGGCCUCCUGCAGCCCUUACUUCCACGCCAUGUUCACAAAUGAAAUGAGCGAGAGCCGCCAGACGCACGUGACGCUACAUGACAUCGAUCCUCAGGCCUUGGACCAGCUGGUGCAGUUUGCGUACACGGCUGAGAUUGUAGUGGGCGAGGGCAAUGUGCAGACUCUGCUCCCGGCCGCCAGCCUCCUGCAGCUGAACGGUGUCCGAGACGCCUGCUGCAAGUUUCUGCUGAGUCAGCUGGACCCCUCCAACUGCCUGGGCAUCCGGGGCUUUGCCGACACACACUCCUGCAGCGACCUGCUCAAGGCGGCACACAGGUACGUGCUGCAGCACUUCGUGGACGUGGCCAAGACCGAGGAGUUCAUGCUGUUGCCGCUGAAGCAGGUGCUGGAACUGGUCUCUAGUGACAGCCUGAACGUGCCUUCAGAGGAGGACGUCUACCGUGCAGUCCUUAGCUGGGUCAAACACGAUGUGGAUGCUCGGAGGCAGCAUGUCCCUCGGCUAAUGAAGUGUGUACGGCUGCCACUGCUGAGCCGUGACUUCCUGCUGGGCCAUGUGGACACCGAGAGCCUGGUAAGGCACCACCCUGACUGCAAGGACCUGCUCAUCGAGGCUCUCAAGUUUCACCUGCUGCCCGAACAGAGGGGCGUCCUGGGCACCAGCCGCACGCGGCCUCGGCGCUGUGAGGGUGCUGGCCCUGUACUUUUUGCCGUGGGUGGUGGGAGUCUGUUUGCCAUCCAUGGAGACUGUGAAGCGUACGACACUCGCACCGAUCGCUGGCAUGUGGUGGCCUCCAUGUCCACACGCCGGGCCCGGGUGGGAGUGGCUGCAGUUGGGAACCGGCUGUACGCAGUGGGCGGCUAUGAUGGGACCUCAGACCUGGCUACCGUGGAGUCGUAUGAUCCAGUAACCAACACAUGGCAACCCGAGGUGUCCAUGGGCACACGGCGGAGCUGCCUGGGAGUGGCUGCUCUGCAUGGGCUCCUUUACGCAGCUGGGGGAUAUGAUGGCGCCUCCUGUCUCAACAGUGCUGAACGCUAUGACCCCCUGACGGGAACGUGGACAUCCAUCGCUGCCAUGAGUACCCGGAGGCGAUACGUGCGUGUGGCCACACUUGAUGGGAACCUGUACGCCGUGGGCGGUUAUGAUAGCUCUUCACACCUGGCCACCGUGGAGAAGUACGAGCCCCAGGUGAAUGCAUGGACUCCAGUGGCCUCCAUGUUGAGCCGGCGCAGCUCAGCGGGCGUUGCAGUGCUGGAAGGGGCCCUGUAUGUGGCAGGGGGCAACGAUGGCACAAGCUGCCUCAACUCAGUGGAGAGAUACAGCCCCAAGGCUGGUGCCUGGGAAAGCGUGGCACCCAUGAACAUCCGCAGGAGCACGCAUGACCUGGUGUCCAUGGACGGCUGGCUGUACGCUGUAGGAGGUAACGACGGCAGCUCCAGCCUCAACUCCAUUGAGAAGUACAACCCGAGGACCAACAAAUGGGUGGCCGCAUCCUGCAUGUUCACGCGGCGCAGUAGCGUGGGUGUGGCGGUGCUGGAGCUGCUCAACUUCCCACCACCGUCCUCGCCCACGUUGUCGGUUUCCUCCACCAGCCUCUGACCCGCAGCGCGGAGCCCACAGAGGCCCGGCAGCCUUCUACAUGCCUUAAGCCCCACCAGGGCAGCCCCAGCGCCUCCCUCUCAUCAGUCCUCAUGUGUCAGGGGUGGGGUCCAUGGUUCCCACCAGGGAUAACCUGCAUCGUCUGUCCAUGUCUCUGUGUUCAUUCCUCAGCGUUCGUUUGUGUGUGUGCCGUUUGUUAUUUAUUUACUUAUUUAUUUAUUUAUUAAUUCGUUAUUUAUUGAUGGAUGAACACCGCUGCAUCUACCAGUUUA